CGGAAGUAUCUAAUUUGAUGGCGGCGGGAUGAAAGGCUCAAAGACGUGCAACAACGUAGGCUACAUCAUUUCUCUACCUUGCUCUGACGAAAUGUCGGUUUUUAAUAGUGAUGAAGUUUUCAAAAGCCACUACUUUCAACUUAUUUAAUUUUUAAAGAAGACAUCCUAACUGGAUCUACCAAUGCCAAACCCCAUGGACGACCGUCUGCGCGUGGUGGCGGUGAUACACGCUUUGAAAGCAUCUGGAGUUCGCGUGAAGAACUGGAAGAACUUCUUGAAUGGGCCAUACAGGAGCGACCCUGUCAGACAGGAGAACCAAUCUAAAUUUGCUUUUGGUCGGGACCUGAUAUUGCUGCCACAGUGUGAUUUAACUGAUAUGAGUGGGACAGUGCCAAAGUUCUUGGUGGAUGCCUGUGAAUUUUUAUCCCAGCACCUUCAUACUGAAGGGCUGUUUCGAAAGACCGGGUCGUUUAGCCGGAUGCGAGCUCUGAAGGCUGGCCUGGAGCAGGGGGAGCCAGUCUUUUCUCUGCCACAUUCAGCCACUCUGCAGCCCUGUGAUGUGGCGUCUCUUGUGAAGCAGUUCUUACGGGAGCUGCCCUCACCCCUCAUCCCUAUGGAUCUACAGGUGCCACUGUGUCGUGCACAGGGCUUCGACGAGGAGGAGGGUCGGCAGGAGCAGGUCGAGGAUGGAGCUCUUCUUCUCACAGCCCUGUUCCCCCCGUCGCAUUCACGGGCCCUCCGAUACUUCUGCACCUUCCUGAGACAGACUGCUCAAAGAUGUAAAGAGAAUCGUAUGGAAGUGGGCAAUCUGGCUCUUGUGAUUGCACCUAAUCUGCUACAUUGUCCAGCUGGGGGCUCUAAACUGACCGCAGGUACAGAGAGACAACUGCAUAGACAAGCAGCAGUGAUCAAGAAACUCAUAAUACACGCUGAUCGCAUUGGUGUUGUCCCCCCUUCUAUUAUGGACAUGGCAACAGUAGCAGAGUCCUCCACACCCCCAGUUGAUGGGGGGAGGUUUCAGGAGAGGGCAGGACAUGGUGUGUAUAGACUUUUAGGUCAUCAAAGGAGGCGCAGUGUUGGAGAGAUAUUUGUGGAUGCUCUCAGUAAAUUGAAGACAGGUCGCACUCACACUGACCUUUUACAUCCCCCAGACAGUCAGCAAAAUACAAAGACCGCUCACCACAACACACCUGAAUUACCAAUCACAUCUAAACGAAAGUCGACUGAAGAUCCUGUCCCUGAUGUUGAGAGCUCUGCUAAAAAAAGACGCUCUAUCCAUGACCUUAGAGAAGACAACCAAUCCAUGAGCAAACAACCCUCCAAUGGUCACGUGGAACAGUUUAUAGAUCUAAAUCUUAAACUGUCUGAGGAUCUCAUCUUUUGGCAGUCAGUGCACAUGGAUAAGAAAUACCACCCCACACGGUAUGACAAGUUCUAUGUGCAGGCGGCAGAACGGUGUUUUCCAGUCUGUUUCUGA